AUGGCACUGAGCAACCAAACACUGGUGGCAGAGUUUGUUCUACAGGGUUUUUCAGAGAUACCUCAACUCCAGCCCUUCCUGUUUACCGCUUUCCUUCUUCUUUACCUCAUGGCCCUCACUGGCAACCUGGUCAUUGUCAUGGCCAUAUGUCUGGACUCAAAUCUCCAUACUCCCAUGUAUUUUUUCCUUGCUAACUUGGCUAUCAUAGACAUAGGCUGCACAUCUACAGUUUUGCCCAAGUUGCUGGAGAACCUUGUUGUGGAGAAGAAAUCCAUCUCCUUUAAUGGCUGCAUGACCCAGUUAUACUUCUUCUCUUGGUUUUUGGGGACUGAGCUCCUUCUCUUCACAGCCAUGGCUUACGACAGGUAUGUGGCCAUCUGCCAUCCCUUACAUUAUAGUGCCAUGAUGAACAAGAUGGUUUGUACAUUCUUAGUGGGCAGUGUAUGGACUACUGGCACUCUCAGCUCAUCACUACAAACUGGCCUGAUGGUACGAUUAACCUUCUGUGGUCCUAAUCAAAUUAAUCAUUUUCUGUGUGAAGUCCCUACUUUGCUGUUGCUCUCUUGUACUUCCACGUAUCUGAAUGACAUAAUGAUAGUCAUUGCAGAUAUAUACUUUGGGGUGGUCAGUUUUGUGCUCACCAUGGUGUCCUAUGGCUUCAUCAUCUCCAAUAUCCUGAAGAUCCGCACCACAGAGGGGAAGAAGAAAGCCUUCUCUACCUGCUCCUCCCACCUCAUCGUGGUCACCAUAUAUUACACCACAAUCACAUACACAUACAUGCUUCCAGGCUCCAGUUCUUCAAUGGAUAAUGGCAAGGUGGUGGCUCUCUUGUACACCACAGUCAGUCCCACCUUAAACCCCCUUAUCUACACACUGAGGAAUAAGGAUUUCAAAACAGCCCUCAAAAAAUUAUUUCCCUCUGUUUUAUAA